AUGCAAGUGUUCCAAAGGAAGGACUCGUCUCGAUCUUCUUGGGGAAACUCAAUGCCAAUGCCAACAACAAACACAAACAUUCAAGGAUCUGAAACUUUCAUCAUGACAAAGAACAUGAUGAUCUCUACAAACUUCUCGGUGAUGAGACAUUCUGGUAUGCAGUUGCAAGAUCAAGAUUCAUCCUCAACACAAUCUACCGGAGAAUCAGGCGGCGGUGAAGUUGAAACAUUUGUUAAUACCAAUCUUUCAGGUUACAUUGAAAACCCUCGAAAGCGUAUUGAAAGUUAUACAAAGUCAACCACCACCUCGUCAAUGGUGUCUCAAGAUUCAGUGUUUCCUCCUCCUACUUCUGGUCAAACAUCUUGGUCUCUUCAAUGUCCUGAAACAUCACAUUUCAAUGGUUUCUUGGCUCCUGAAUAUGCAUCUCAACCAACGAUGCUGCCACAUUUAGAGAUGAUGAGUUUGGUUUCUUCUAGAGUACCAUUACCUCAUAACAUCCAAGAGAACGAACCGAUAUUCGUCAAUGCCAAACAGUACCAUGCGAUUCUGCGUCGCAGGAAGCAUCGUGCUAAGCUCGAAGCUCAGAACAAACUCAUCAAAAGCCGUAAACCGUACCUUCAUGAAUCUCGCCAUCUUCAUGCUUUAAAGAGAGCUAGAGGCUCUGGUGGGCGUUUCCUCAAUACAAAGAAGCUUCAAGAAUCAUCCUCAAACUUACUCUGUUCUUCUCAAAUGGCGGCAAAUGGACACGAUUUCUCUGAGAGCCCUCGCGGUGGUGGAAUCGGCAUUGGCUCUAGCUCCAAUUCAAACCAUAACAACAACAUGUUCCAAAACCCACAGUUCAGAUUCUCAGGGUAUCCAUCAACACACCAUGUCUCAGCUCUCAUGUCAGGGACUUGA